CUACUAAGUAGAAGGGCCUACUUGUACGAGAGGAAGAAAGAGACAAAAAGGACGACAGAUAGGGCCUACUUGUACUUUGUACAAAAAGGACGAGAGCUUUAGAGAGAGUAUGGCCACCUCACGUAGUAUAUAUUUCUCAGAUACAUAUAAACCUUUUUCCUCCUUAAAGCCUAGUUUUUCCUCCUUAAAGCGAGUCGUGGCAUUUCGACGUUCCUAUAAGACGCUUCUACGUUAAGGGCUCGGACUAGCUAGCUGAGCGAGAUAUUGCAAGAGAGGAGGAAAAGGUUGUCCGACGAGAGACAAAAAGGACGAGAGCUUUAGAGAUAGAGUCCUGUGGAGGUAAAAAAGAUGGAAAGCCUGUAACGAAUAAAUUCCUAUCCGAUCCUCUCCGUAUCCGGAUAGAUAAGACUUGGUAGUCCCUCUGUGGCUGCAUACAUUCGCUUGAGGAUACAGGUCAAACUGUGGACGGCGAAAAAAAUCGUAUCCUAUCCUAAACCUGAGUGACGCUCCAUGCGGAUCACUUUUCUGGAGACCAACGCCAACAUCGAGGAAAUUACUACUCUAGUAUCCAUUAAUAUAUUCAAGUUUCAAGAUUUGCAUACUGACUCCCAGAGUUCUUCUUGUCAAUCUUGAGAAUAUUCGUCACGUCAGAGUCCUACAACAUAAAAGGAUGAAAUCCAACACCUCGAGCAGGAGCACUGCCACCGGUGUUCAUCUCUCACCUUCUACUACGAUGAGCGCGUCAGCCGCAGGUACAAGCACGUCUACGAUGAGCGCGUCAGCCGCAGGUACAAGCACGUCGUCGUCACCUUCUACUACGAUGAGCGCGUCAGCCACAGGUACAACUACGAUGAGCGCGUCAGCCGCAGGUACGUCGUCGUCAACCUCCUCUCCGCUUCCGCAGACAAGCUAUGCUAAAACCGGCAUAACUUCAUCUGAACUAGCAAAGCACAACACCAAAGACGAUUUGUGGUUAUCCAUCAGUGGAGAGGUCUAUGAUCUGACAAAAUUUGCCAAGCUUCAUCCAGGUGGCCGCGUCACCUUGUUGCCGUUUGCGGGAAAGGAUGCUACAGAAAAGUUUUACGAGUUACAUGCGAGCGAAAUUUUGAACAAGUAUCACACAAAGUUGUGGGUUGGGACGCUUGUGAAAGUUAAGGGUUAAGUACCAAAUAAUUACAAUUGCAUUCUUCACUCCCAUCCUUCACUUGUUUCCCAGUAGGAAAGAAGUCAGGGCGGACGUUCUUCUGACGAAUGUAAAAAUGUCGCAGCGGCCUCUAAUAGAGAACAGCGAAGAUCACCUUCCACCUCAGCAGCACAAGAAGAGUCUUCAACAGCAGCAGUUACAAGUACAACUUCAACAACAGCAUCUUCGUCUUCCUUCCUAGAAUCCGCCAACUCUUUCCCGCCGUUGUCCUCCGUCCCCUAUGCGGAAAUCCACGCUUUUCGGGAGGGGUGGGCGCAAUCGCCAUGGAUGGAUGAGUCGCAUGCGUCUGCAUACGCAGACUUGAGGAACUUCUGUUUUGGACAGCUUAGAUUAAGGCUCAACUUUCAAUGGUCAUGCUUGGGGUUGGUCACUGAGAUCGAGGAGGCGACCCCUUGAGGAAAGAUGGGGGGAAAACGAAGGGAAAGGGGAGAGCUUUAUAGGGGGUCUCUCUCGUUCAGCUUCAGUGGCCAUUGAGUGCUGAGCUUUAAUUAGACCACUCGGAGAAGCGGAUGAGAGAAGUGGCGCUUAUCCGAGUCUAGAACUGUAUCAGCAAAUGGGCAGAUCGGGUUUACUUGCAGCAAGAAUCGGAACUGCUUGUAUGGAGGUAUCGACUUUUUGGUGGAGUCCCUUGUUGUUGUUGUUGUUGUUGUACCUACUAUGGAAGUCAUGAUUAGGUGAUGUCGCUGGUGCUUCUGUUGUUUUACUCUCGUCUUAAUAUCAUAGAUAUCUGCAGCUGCAUCGCGAAUUACUGUCCUCCAGAGAAAAAAUGUAACCAAUCAACCACACUACCACAGACUGUCGCCCCCCUAGUAAAGUCUGGUCGUAUUCGAUUGCCUGGCGGUGUAGAACCUGAGAAAUUCGAUGCCUUCCAUGAAAUGCUUGCCCACAUGGUUGUGGGUCAGAUUGGGUAUCCUGGAUUCGCUGACGGCCUAGGUGGUGGUUUUUGCAUUGGAUUACCUCCAGUUCUGCAUUUCGCCCAACCCAAUGUGAUCGACAAAGUCGUUCCUGCUUGUCUUCUCGGAGAUAAACGCAUAUGCUUGGCAAUUUCUGAGCCAACUGCAGGAAGCGACGUUGCUGCUAUUGAGAUUAUGGUGAUCACAGGAAAGCCACUUAAAAAGUACAACGAUAGCAGGUAGCAAUAGCAUGAAGUUUCUCGGAAGUUUUUCUUCUGCUGCUCAUCAUAAGUACUUAGUUGUUUCUAAAGCUGAAGAUGCAGCAACAGGGUCAUCACGUCUACUUGUAAACUUGAAGUGACCGCGUUAGUGACUGCGAUAAGAGAGCUAGCUUCCACCUUCUUGUUCAGUAUCUUAGCGAUUUCAGUUUUUCGAAUAUUCAUAGCUACAAGUAAAAAGCAAGAUGAAGAAGCAAAAACUAAUCCUCCUCUAACCAUUCAACCGCUCGCAAAAGCGAGUGUGGCAAGUUUUACAUUGUGAAUGGGAUUAAAAAAUGGAUCACGAACGGAAUGUUUGCUGACUAUUUCGUGACUGCUGUCCGCACAGGUAAACAAGGCGUCCGUGGCAUCUCACUCCUACUCAUCGAAAGGGUUAAGUUAUGUGAUAAUUGGCAUCUUCUUCUGUGGUUCUCGUUUCCUAUCUUUCUUGCCCAUGCCCGACAAAGUGAUCGAUAAAGAGACUCGAAAGUAAAAAGCAAGAGCAAUCCUGUUGAAUUUGAAUGAUGAAGUCAAUCUACUACCAAGUUAACGUAUUCAAGUGGUAAUUGUGACGCAUCAAUUUCUAGCGUCAUCUAAUCUCUGAUCCCGCAAAGGAUCUUGGCGCUCCAGCAAGCAGUGGAGUGGUAGAGACGAGGCAGAUUACCACGAGCUACGCUAAGUGUGCUGUUAUGGUGGUCAGUUUUUAUCCAUCUGGCCCAGCAUCUCUUUGGUAUCGUCUUAGACUUGUUCCCAUAGACUAUAAUAAAACGUAAAGAGUAGAGAGCAGGCAGUAUCCUCUUGUUCCGAUAAGAGAACACAACCAGGGAAAUAAAGGUAGUAUCCGAUCGAGAUAAAGUAGGGACAAGAAUGGAAUGAACUCAAACACACUCUAAUGCUGGAACGGCCAUGGUACAUUUUGAGGAUGUCUAUGUGCCAGUGGAGAACCUGUUAGGUGAAGAAAACAAGGGUUUCAAGUGCAUCAUGGCCAACUUCAACCACGAAAGAUGGUACAUUUAUGAACAUCAAGAAAUGAUAAAGAUCACUACAACAUCUUCACAGUACUAAGAAAAACAACUGCCUUGAUCAUCAAGUAGCGGACUUUCACUUUUAUUUCUCGACUCUUUUCCUUACAAGAUGGAACUUCCACGUGCACCUCCUAGUACUCUUAAAAGAUAGCGCUUCCUCAGCUUCCUCUUCCUACAAGACUAUAGGAAGAAUCUUCCUACAAGAUUAUUGUAGCUGCACUUCAUCAAAAUCUCUAGAUUAUAAGAACACUUCCUCAAAGCCUCUCUCUUCUUGUUCUAAGCUCCUUGUUGUUCGGUUCAAGGCGCCAUGCGGGGACUGCUGACCGAGUGCUUUAAGUGGGCAACUCAGCGCAAGGUGUUCGGCAAGCGGCUGAUAGAAGAACCUGUUAUCCGUCAAAAAUUAGGGAAGAUGACAGCUGCAGUUGAGGCCAAUGGCGCUAGUUUGGAGGCGUUGACCUAUCAAAUGUUAUGGUGUUGUGGCCUGUGUGUGUUUCAAGUUUAUUUUGAAGAGUAAGUCUAAGUAAGUAGAGUAGUAUUGGACGUACUUACUUACUUACUUACUUACUUACUUACUUACUUACUUACUUACUUACUUACUUACUUACUUACUUACUUACUUACUUACGGGACGUUGGAUCAUGAUCUUCAUGAUCGAGACGCCAGCUCCUGAAUAAAAGACGAGUCAAUAUUUAGUUCUUUGGUUGAGAUACUUACAACAUACAACUACUAGUACUAGUGCUAUUACUGAUCACGAUCAGCAAAUGCAAAUUUUCAAGAUGUCGUAACAACUUCACGACUAAGCACCAACAUCCUGAUCCUUCCCCUAACAAUGCUAAAUGAAUGAAUUUGAACAACCUGACAUUCUCUAAACAUUCGGGAAUUGGACUACUUUUCUCAAGCAGUAAAACUAGCGGGACCCAUUUCGCUGUUGAAGUAUAACAGUACGCGCACAAUGACCUUGUUGGCAGACGAAGGCUGCCAGAUCUUUGGUGGCCGGGCAUUGACCAAGUUAUGACGAGACGAAUAUUGUGUUUUUUGUACUUGUUGAACGGAGCGAGUACCACUACUAAAAUUCUAAAACUGGAUUAGGUAUAGGCUACCCGUUAUCUCCGCUCUAUUCUCUCUGCUUCAAAGCUUAUUGAGUCUUCACUUUCUUCUAGCCCUAGGAAACAUGUCUAUUCAAUCACUUUCUCCUAACAUUUGGCGGAAUGGGUGGUCGCGUCAUGCAUGUUUGAUUAUUGAAUCUCCACUUUCUUCUCUAACAUUCGGCGGCAUGGGUCGUUUCAUGGAAGGUUUCCAGACGGCGUAUAAAUUUGCAUCCAUCCUCGGAGGCUCAGAGGAGAUUAUGGCUGACCUUGCUAUCAGAAUCGCCACGCGAGAAUGGCCGAAAGAAGCGAGGUUGUAAUGCGAGAAUGGCCGAAAGAAGCGAGGUUGUAACAAGCCGCUCGCGUUCGUGCGUCGUUAAAUGGAUUAUAGCAUCCUACCCUAAGCGGUGGAGCAAGUGCAAGGAUAGAUAUAUCAAGCAGGUCCGUCGCGUGAACAAGGUGAAGAGUUUACUGAAGCAGGUCGUUAUGUUUUACAGCAAGGCAAGUUAAAGCUGUUUUAGUUUUACUUAUCUUGCUUUUCCAUAAUAUCAAAAUUAUGCAUGUGAUUCACAAUACAUCACUCGCAUUCCAAUAAGUAUACAAAGAAAGGGAGGAGAGCGAGAGGGAAUUUGAUAUCUUUAGUUUUAGAUAGAAAACGUUCCAUGAUAUCAUAUUUAGUAGGGGAGUAGCUCAGACCUUUGUAAGUGUAUUUCAACUAGGAUGUUCCAUAACCAUAUUAGAUGAAUGCGUCAUAAUGUAGCCUAGCUGCCGCAGAACUCGGCUCAUCAUAAUUUGAACAAAUUGUGAAAACAUGAAAAAAUUUUUGCUUGUACAUCUACUUCUAGGGUAAGCUGUUUUGAUACUAGAUGUACAUCUAGAACAGAUUCAAGCAGUGAGUUCUACUCAUCUGCUUCAAAACUUAUUCUGCAAGCAUGAAGAUGGCGGGGGCACAUUCAUACAUCUACGUGCUGGGGUAAACAAGUGCACACGACAGGUUCAUGUUUUCGGUUUCAUCGAGAAGCAUGUGAGAUCUCGCUGAUGUCAUAGUCUUAGUCGUGACCAAGACCAAGAGCAAGACGAGCAAGACUAAGUAUAUUAUCUCCAUGGGAAUUCUCAUCUUGAUCUUGUGGAUGAUUGAGUAAUGCAGGAAGUCUAUUUUAUUCAGGGCUAUUCCUGCACACGAGGCAGAGAACUC